AUGUUGCUGAUCGGGGCUGACAGGGCAGUCGGCCUGGCUCGCAUGGACACCAGUGUCUGCGAUGGCGGUAAGAAAACGCUGAAAUGAAAACAUAUUGGAAAACAAACGAUAAACAAGAAAUUUUGCAGAUCAGGAAGCCCAAAACCUCACCUACAAACCGGACGUCGUUGGUGUCACGUUGAGCAGGUAUUACUAUUCUGUCGACACUCUUCUAACCUGAAGCACCAUUUUUCAUAAGAUGUGCGGCAAAAGUACCUUAAAGAACGCCCGCUUAAACUUCCCAGAAAACGCGCCAAACUUCACGGACACGGGCAUACUGAUUCCUAAAAACAGAAAAAAUUAGCUGGAAAGUUGCACUCUCAAGUUUUAUCGGGAUGAGUGAACACCCAACAGUUCAGACCUGCAAGGACCCGUCCGGUUUGCACUGCGCGCAGUAGCGGAUCUGCGAUGUCUCCCUUUGGCCCUACUAGACCAUUUUUGACCAUGUUUUCUAUUUAAUGAAAUGAACAAGGCUGUUUUCAACAUUAAUAAAUAAAAAAUUACACAGAAAAACGGCUUUUUAUUCACUAUAGAUGAAUUUAUCAAAUAACCAUUUUUUUUGAGACUUACCGUUUGCAGAAACUUAAUUUUUAAAACCUAAUUUCAAUCUUUGAAUGUUCUAAAACCGUUUAUUUUUUCGUACGUACGAAAAAGUCGUGAUUAACGAAAACAUCGCCCAAAAACCGCGAUUGGUGUAUAGUCAAUGUUUCCCGACUUGAAAGGCGUGGGAGGCGUGGCAAGGGGCGGGACGCGCAGCGUGUGCGUACGCGGUUCUUGGCACGUGUUCAAUUCAACCGCUAGCGAGCAUUCAGAGAGCUUUAUUUAUUGCUCUUUUUCACUUGUUUUUUUAAUUAUUUAUUGAUUAUGUUCAUGUGUGCAUCAAAAAAAUAGAAGAAAAUACAGAAAAAAAGAGCGGUGGCCGAGCUUUUUAAAUAGACGGCGGCGAUUGAAUUGAACUGGCGCCAAGAACCGCGUACGCACACGCUACGCGUCCCGCCCCUUGCCCCGCCUCCCUCGCCUUUCAAGUCGGGAAACAUUGACUAUAUGAACAAGGCAAACCUACAGGGUGCCAAACCUGAAGUUUUCGUUUAAUCGCAAACCGCUACUCCCUGACGUCACUUGACAUCAUUCGUAACACAAGAAAUAAACGUAAUCAAAAUAUUUGGCUAUAUAUCUAUUUUAUUUACGUGAAAAAAAUUGAAAAAGGUGAAGAGUCUGAAUUGCGCCUUUGCAUAAAAAAACUGCGCCCACAAAUUGCGUUUGUCAACGUUUUUGACUUUUUUUAGAAGAUUUAUAAUAUUUUUUUAUUAAUUAUUAUUCCAUUCCCUAUUUUUCAAUUUUUUUAAAUGGGAGUGUCACUAAUUUCAUAAAAUGCCGAUGGCUUUUUUUAAGCCCAUUUUAUCAUGUUUUUUUAGAAUUAUUUCGAAUAGUCGACUACGAUGACAGGAUUAGAAAGCUGUUUUUAGGAUGUAUGAAUGAGCAUGAACACUUUAAAUCAACAUGGUAAUUUAUUAGGUUGGCAUGAAAGAAAUGCGGCUCGUUUUUGUCGGCUUCUAAUCUAUCCAAGAAGUAAUAUUAUUUUGAAUGGUAUUUUUUGUCAAAAAGGGCUUGUCCUUGUGCGUCAUUGGAUAUAUAAUUUGCUGACGUUCAUUCCGCCUUUCUAUAAGAAACAUAGCUCUGAAAACUUCCUUUCAAAAACUGUAUUCGCAGAGCUAGUUUUCGCGUUAUUUCAAUAAGUACAAAUCAAAUUCGGAAGCUUGGCACCUUUCAAUAUUAUGAUCACCAUUAGAGUUCACCAAACCGAUCAUUCAACCAUUUCAAUUGAUCAAACUAUUGACAUGUCACUGUUCAACCAAAUUUUAACAUGUCAUUUUUUGAGAGAUCGUUUAUUAAAUCAGUUUUUGAUCUCUUACAUUAAUGAUCAAUCAUUGGAUUUUAACGUUUUGAUAUAUCGAUAUUUCGACCAAUAUAUUCAAUACAACACUGCGAUCGAUCAUUUUUUCGACCAAUAUUUUCAAUACAAUAUUUCGAUUGAUCAUUUUUCGACCAAAUUUCCAAUAAAAAAUUUCGAUCAAUCAUUUUUUCGACCAAUAUUUUCAAAAUUUUUCCGCUACAUUGCUCAGACAUGGCUCUUCGCAUUUAUCAUCUGUCCGAAUCAUUGGAUCGCUGAACAGCCAAAAAAAAAAUUGAAAAACUCCGAUGAAGUCCAAAUUUGGGGGUGCAACUUCUUUGACUCGUAGGCGGCCCAGUUUGUCAGAGAGAGUAUCCAUUUUCUGCGUGAGCAUUGUUGACAAGGGCUAAUACAGAUAGAAAUUACAUUUCGAAUUGAUUUAUGAUAACCUUAUUUUUUUAUGAUAAAUUUAAAUGACAUCAAAAACACGCAUUUCUUUCCUGCUACCCUAAUAUUAUACUGUUAAUACUAAGGAUGGUCAGUUUAUCAUUUUUUUUUUACUUGGAACCGAUUAUCAACGUUUAUGCCAGUGAUGAGCGGAAUUUCCGUUUCCGUCUUCCGUUUCCGUCUUCCGCCUAGAUUUCGGGUUCCGUUUCCGUGUCCGCCAGAAGGCCGAAAAAACUUUUUUUCCGUUUCCGCUAGAAGACGGAAAAUUAUCUUUUCCGUUUUCGUUUCCGCCACCUGACGGAGUUUUCUUCAUUCCUAUAUCAUUAAUGCCGACUAAAUUAAAGUAUCGUCAUUGUUAUGUAUAGUCUUUUUCUUCUCUCAAUCACUAAGAAUAACUGCCGAGAUAAACGCGAGACGCUGGCGAUACAUUUAAGAACUCGCAAACAUCUCGCAUUUUUCUGGCAAUUUGAAAGUUUCUGAAACUCAAGACAAACGCGAGUUUAUUAAUGUACCGCCACCGACCUUGCGUUUGUCUCGGCAGUUAUUCUUAGUGGUGUUGCAACGAAGCUCCGAUGCGAUUUUGUGUUGUACGCACGUGACAUAACACAGACGAGCAUAAAUUGAUUCAAAUCUUAAGUUAUGCAAUUAAAAAAAAAGAUUUAUCAACGUGAGAUUUAAAUCAAUUUUAUAAAAAAAAAUUUUUGAAUGGGUAGUACAACAAAAUCUCAAGGGCGGAAUUUCCGUUUCCGUUUCCGCCGACAGGCGGAAAAAAACGUCUUCCGCUCAUCACUGGUAUAUGCUAUGUAUGUCAAUUAUCUAUAGAUACAGGAUGAAUCAGCCGCAGCGGGGUUUGGGGGCGGCAGACUUCAAAGUCAAAAAAAAAAAAUCAGGAUAAAAAAACUUAAAAAAAUUCAAAUUAAAAAAACCUCGACAAAGUAAAAAAAUGUGACAUUAGGGGAGUUUGGAAGCGCGUUUUUUUUAGCUGGGGGCGCAAGCCCAAAAACAAUUAUAAAAAAACUUUGAACAGUUUCUAAAAAAAGUAAGAAAAUAGGGGAAUAAAAAAAUUUCCAAUCAAAAGACGAUUUUUGAAUUCGAUGUCUUCUCAUGUGGCUGGGAAAGUUUUUACGUCGAAACUAAUUUUAUAAACUAGAACGUGAAAAAUAAAUAAAAUAACAUGGCUGCGUGUGCGAAUUACUAAAUGAAGAUGAUGUCAUAAAGAUAACGUCAGGUAACGCUCACGAAUAUUCGGGAUCCCAAAAUUCCUUCCUACCAUCGUUGCGGACGAAUUAUUAGACUCGCGUUUUGUGAAAAAUAACCCGAUAUCUGCUUACAAUCGAGGAUUUCUUUUCCGAAAAUUUUUUAGGCAAACAAAAAAGACGCAUGGGUAUAGUCAAUGUUUCCCGACUUGAAAGGCGAGGAAGGCGGGGCAGGGGCGGGACGCGUAGCGUGUGCGCUCGCGGUCCUUGGCACGUGUUCGAUUCAACCGCCAUCGACUCUUUGAAAAGCCCGUUUUUCGCUCUUUUCAUUCCUUUUUCAAUUAUUUAUUGAUUAUGUUCAUGUGUGCAUCAAAAAAUAAUAGAAAACAUUGAAAAAAAGCGUUUGCCGAGCUUUUUAAAUAGUCGGCGGCAAUUGAACUGAACUCGUGCCAAGAACCGCGAAGCAUUUCGCGAUCAGAAUUCGCAAAUUAUAUAUAAAUAGAAAGUCUUUACGGCGAAAAAAACUUCUUGAUGACAACAGAAAGAAUUAAUGGGGCGUUCAUGAAAAAAAUGACAAUUGCUUCGAAACGCAAGAAAAUUGCUUCAAAUCAAAAAUUAGUAUUGUUUUGGAGCAACUUUAGCGCGCAGUUGAUCAAGAUUUUUCGUCUUUGCUGAAGUGUACUUUAGGACCCCCUGAUUGCAUAUCAAAAAGAAAAUUUCUCGCAAUAGAUCUUGUUUCGGAGUUAUGAAGCUUCAAAGUGUACAAAAUACGCAAAUUAGGCCGAAGAAGCGCUAUUUCGGGCUUUUGAAGUGUCCUAUCUCGAAAACGAAAUCUAUUGCGAAAAAUUUUCUUCCUGUUCUGGAAUCAGGGGGUCCUAAAGUACACUUCGGCAAAGUUUCAGCAAAAGUUCAACCGGGGGGUAAAAAACGUUCCCUAGUGAGUUAUAUCGCAGGCUCAGAAGUCUCACGAUGGUACCUCGAGAAUACCUCUGAGGAUUUUGUGCAAAGUAAGAGAGGCUUGAAACAGACUCAUAGACGCCAUUAUAGAUAGCACUCCCAAAAGUCUCCUCUUGGCGCAUUCCGCGUGCGUGCGCGCGCCAAUUCAAAUUUCGUCUCUUGGACUAGAUUUACAGGCUUCCAGUAUAUGGUUCUAUGCCGUGUUCAAUUUGAUUCCGCGAAAUGCAAAAUACCCGUUAGAGAAAGGAAAAAGAUCACUAAAUUUUUGGAGAGUCAGAGAUCAUUUUGCAUUUCGCGGAAAUUACUUUGAACACGGCACUAGAAAGAAUUCUUUUUUGUAUAAUUUUUUUCUUACUUAUUCAUUUCCAGUUUUUCUUUUUAUUUAAUAUUGACUCAUUUAGGGAAUCUGACUUUAUUUAAGAAAGUUUUUUUCUUGUUUUAGCGCCAAUUCAAAUUUUUCGCCUUCACUCACUUGCACAGGCAAAUGGGAAAGGUACCAUAAUGUGCCCACAAAUAUACCUCUUAAAAUGAAUCUUGAAUAUUCCAUAAUAUGUCCAUCGUGAGACGUCGAGCAUAAAUUUUAGCUCUAGCUGACCAAGGAAUGGUGUCUGGUCGCAGUUGGAUUUCAGAAUGAGACCCAGUUCACUAAAUGAAGUUUUUCAUGCUGUUUCCAAAUCUGUUCUCAAAAAAUGCCGCGCAGGUCCGUGAAAAAAAGUGGAAAAGUUUUUUUGAGCGGAGAUAAGAUUUUUCAAAGCUCCUCGCAUGAUAAGGAAAUGUGCUGCUGGAAAUUCAUUCUUCGUUUCUCAUGAGCGAAUGGAGAACAACGUGUAAAGCUUAUACAAAUUUCAAAGGAAGUCUGAAAACAGAAUGAAUAAAAAUUAGAAAACCGAAGUGACUAAAAACAAUAAUAAUAAAAAAACCUGGGAAGCAUUUCCAGGCUACUCGGUAGAAAUCAAAAAAAUUUCAGGUACUCUGCCCGUAUAUCAAGUUAUCAUAGAUAUGAUACCCGGGUAAAAUUAAUUGGAAGUUUUUUUAUGCAAGAAAAAAAUUAUACAAAAAAAGAACCAUAUACUGGAAGCCUGUAAAUCUAGUCCAAGAGACGAAAUUUGAAUUGGCGCGCGCACGCACGCGGAAUGCGCCAAAAGGAGACUUUUGGGAGUGCUAUCUAUAAUGGCGUCUAUUUUCUUCCUGUUCUGGAAUCAGGGGGUCCUAAAGUACACUUCGGCAAAGUUUCAGCAAAAGUUCAACCGGGGGGUAAAAAACGUUCCCUAGUGAGUUAUAUCGCAGGCUCAGAAGUCUCACGAUGGUACCUCGAGAAUACCUCUGAGGAUUUUGUGCAAAGUAAGAGAGGCUUGAAACAGACUCUAAAGUACCUCUGAGAUGGCUCAGAUAUAGCUAAAAGGUAUGCCGGAAGUCUCACGAUGAACCCAUUAUGGGGCCUUCACGAUCCAUUUUUAGAAGUACCUUUGUGGACACAUUAUGGAACUUUCUCGAUUCGUUUGGGAACGCUCUUCUAGCGGGAGCUCAGACUUUUCUUUUUCCGAUUUCGGGUAUUUAUCUCCGAAAAUGGUAGCUUUUUUACAUUUUCAAGUAUACCAUCGAGUGCUUUACAAAAUGGCAGAUUUAUGUCAAACCCCGCAUUUUACUGCCUCUUUUAGCACCGGUUUUAACUUAUGAUGAAAUUUUUCGGAAAUAUGCGUUUAGGCCUAAUUUCAGAAAAAGUAGAAAAUUUCUCGCAAUAGAUACUUUUCGAUCGAUGGAGCUUCAGAUUUUGCGAAAUGUGCGAAUUAGGACAGAAAAAGCGCUAUUGGAUAAAGCACUUGAAGACAUAGGGGCAGUAAAAAAUGGGGUUUCAGGUGAAAGCAGUAUCAUAUAUAGUUUUUCCUUGUGAAUCGGUGUACUCAAAAAAAUUACAGAUGUGACAACUUUAGAAGAAAAACGCGAUUUUACUUUCCCUCCUUUAAUUUUGAAAUAUGCUUUGGAUCGGUAUACAUACAACUGUUUACAGUAGCCGUGCACUCGAUGUUGCGGACGUCUCAUUAGACUCGCAUUUUGUGAGAAAUAACCGGAUAUCUGCUUCAAAUUUAGGGUUUCUUGUCUGAAAAAAUAAAUUAAGUCAAACAAAAAACAGACACCGAUAAUAAAGGAAACACAAAAUAUCGCUAUCCCAAUCGAAACCUGUGUGUAAUCAUCCUUUUUCACCAGAAAAGCAUUUUGCGAACAAAGUUCGCAAAUUUCUUAUAUAUAGAAACUUUUGAGGACGAAAAGAAUUUUAGUGACAACAGAAAAAAUUGAAAACUGAAAGAAACGAAGAAAAAAGCGAAAAUGCGAAAAAUGGCGUAGCGUGUUGUCCAUAGAGCAACUUUACUGCAAAACCUCCAAAUCUAGGAAGUUAGGUAGGUUUCCAAGUUCAUCGUUCGAUUCGCAAUGAAAAGCUCUACAAAGUACUGCUUUUAUCUGAAACACCGUUUUUUAUUGCCCCUAUGCCAUAUAGUAAACUGUCGAUUUACGCGGAUGAUUGCAAAGUAAUGAUUAGAAGUUCUGUUCCAGGAUAUCAAAACAAGCUACAAGAGGAUCUCCAUUCUAUUGAAAAUUUUCUUGCAGAUAGACAGUUCAUACUUUCAGCAAAUAAAAGUCUCCAUGUUAGUUAUGGGAAACGAGUUCGAAGUGUUGCGAGUUACGAGCUUAAUGGUAUAAAAGUAAACAACGAGGAUUGUGUGGAAGAUCUCGGAGUUAUUUUUUCAUCUAACCUCAAAAUGCAUAAUAACAUUGAAGUUACCGUUAAAAAAAACUAUGCGUAUUAUAAACAACCUAUUCCGCUGUUUCAGCUUCUCGAAAAAAAUCUUCUUGACUUGCUAUAAGGCCAAGGUACUUCCCACUCUAGAGUAUGGUUCGGAACUAAGGGAAUACGACAUUUCACAUAAUGAAAAUUCACAUAAUGACAAUUCACAUAAUGACAAUUCACAUAAUGACAUUUCACAUAAUGCGACAUCUCACAUAAUGCGACAUCUCACAUAAUGUCAUUUCACAUAAUGUGACAUUUCCCAUAAUGACAGUUCACAUAAUGGCAUCACACAUACAGCGACUUUUCACAUAAUAUGAAGUUUCACAUAAUGCUCUUUUUUUUGCCAACAAGAUUAACAUAAAUCUUGGUUUACUUGAACGAUGGGGACGUUAUAGGUGGGCGAAGCCUUUUUUUCGGUCUUUUUUUUAUAAAGUUAUAAUUGAAUACUCUUUGAUAUUUAGUAUGGAUAUAUAUACAUUUUUGCUUAUGCAUUUUGCUUGAAAAGUUAUUAUUUACAAAAAGCCUAACUGAGUGACUUGGUAAAUAUAUAGAGGUCACACAUCGUGCUCUCCUCGUCAUCGCACAUUUUUUUUUCGCUCCUGAGGGUUGAAGGAAACGUCUCGAUACUGACGACGUUGAUACCGGCUUCUGACCAGGUCACACAUCAUGCUCUAACUCUUCUUGGCCAUCCGCGAACCAACAACAGCGUUGAGGGCUCUCACGAUCGUCUUAAGUCGUUCCUGAACGUGAACAAGCCAGGCUUCUUUGUUCUUCUCCACAAGCUGCAAUCCUACUUGCAAUCAAUCGAAGCGGAUCUGAUAGAUUUGAAACAAGCCGGCAAGGUGAGCGUAACAUGGCAGACACUGGAAAACAAAAAAAAAAGCGGCCCUCGAACUUUAUGACAUUGAGAAAGACUUGCCGCAGCUUAUGACAGUCCUAGCCAGUUGUUUAGGCUUUUUGUAAAUAAUGAUUUCAAAAUAAAAAUGCAUAAGCAAACAUUUAUGUAAAUAUUUCUAUGAAUAUUUGAAAAAAACGAAAAAAUGUUUUUCCUUCAUCUUCAUUUUUUAUAAAAAAUAAAGAUAUUAAAUCAAAAUUCAACCUUAAUACAUUAUCCAAGCCACUUCUUUAGGCUUUUUUUGAAAAUAAUAACUUGCAUAAGCAAAAAAAUGUAUGUAGAUAUUUCAAAGAGUAUUUAAUUAAUAUUUACAAAACAAAAAAAGAAAUGCUUUUGCCCCACCUGUAACGUCCCCGUCGUGCAAAGCGGAAACGGAUGAAAAAGUCCGGCUAAUGACAGGUCUGAUAAUAGAGAAAAAAAAAAAAUAAAUACAUGAAAAAUUUUGAGAACCCUCUAGGCAAAAGCAUAAAAAGCAUUAUGUGAAAAGUCGCCUUAUGUGAAAUUUCAUUAUGUGAAAAGUCGCAUUAUGUGAAAUUUCAUUAUGUGAAAAGUCGCAUUAUGUGAAUUGUCAUUAUGUGAAGAGUCGUAUUAUGUUAACUCACGGUGUUCCACGCAAUGAAAAAAAAAAUGCGAAAAUAUGGGUCCCAGCGGCAUAUUAUCCGUGGCGCAUUAUUGCGCCCUUCUCAUGGUUUCUGAUGCAAAAAUUGAAUUUCUUCACUUUUUUCAUUGGUUUUUUACUUUUUUCUAUUUCUUGCAAUUAUGUGAUCCGCCUCUCUAUGGGUACAUCUUGUGGAGCUUUAAAUUGCGCACUUUUCUAAACCGGUUUCAGAUCUUUAACUUUUCUCUCAAAAGAGUUGAAGAUUUUUCUAAAAGUCCUGAUUUUUCAAAAUUUUGAAAUCUGUUUCGCGACAUGAAAAGAAUCACUCUAUUUCGGAAACUAUAGUUUUUAAUUUAAUCAGUUAAUAAUAAAAAGUAUUAUCUAGUUCCUUUGACGUAGUUUGAAACCGGUUUCGUGUAAAUCAGAGCCAAAUUGAAUUUGCUGAUGAUUUUGAUAUAUGCAUCAUCUAAAUCAUAUAUUUUUUUCUAGUUUUUUGAUUGUUUUUCGGAUUUAAACAAAAAUUUCGCCAUACGAGGUUUUUUUCUAAAAUUUCUGCUUUCUAUCCAUUAUUUGUUUUUCUGAAGUUAGGUUUUCGAGGUAUAUAAAAUGUUUUUUUUUCAUUUGCUAUUCGAAUUUCCCUCAUUUCAAUACUUUUCGUAUUUAUAAAUGCUUAUUCAAUGGGAGCUGAUUCAUUUUCAUAAUAUUUUUUGUUUUUACUUUGUAAUCAGUAAUUUAGAGUUUCCCCUUUCGAAAUCGUUCCUAAAUGUUUUUUUAACGUAAGUGAAUUUUUUUUUCACAUCAUAUUCUUCAAACUGACAACUUUCGAACAUUUCAGGAGCUAUUAUCCUGAAAUUGCAAAUUCUAAAAUUGAAAAAAAACAUUUCGAGUAUGCGAUAUUGCGUCUCGGUGUGCUUACACCCUAAGCAUCAUAAUUACGAAAAGUCUUGACCUUGUGUAAUGAAAAAAACACCGUGAACUGUCGGGUUAUGUGAAAUGUCAUUAUGUGAAUUGUCGUAUUAUGUGAAAUGCCAUUAUGUGAAAUGGCAUUAUGUGAAAUGGCAUUAUGUGAAUUGUCAUUAUGUGAAAUGGCAUUAUGGGAAAUGUCGUACACUAAUGUGUCCAUUGACAAAGUCAGAUUUUGAUUGAUUAGAAGCUUGUCGAAUGACGUCAUUCUACUUGACAUUCAAAAUCUGAAUAGACUAUAAUGAACGGUUAAAACUGUUAGGUCUUCAACCUCUUUGGUUUAGGCGUUUAGCUAAGGAUCUGGUAUUAUCACAUCAGUUUUUGCAUAGUAAGUGCUGGUCAGACUCUCCCAUCAAGGUACAAAACAUCUUUGACCGUCCCAGUCAACUCAGAGGAAUGGUUUUAAAUUAAUAAAAACGAAACCUUCACUGGUUUUCUUCAAUUUCUUAUCGCAUUACUAAUGUUUGGAAUGACAUUGAACAUGAAUUAUUGGCAGAGGAAGACAAGAAAAAAUUUAAGGACAUGUUUGUAGUGAAUGCAGAAAAUGUUGGCAUCGAGCAUAUUCUUUCAAGUGUUCACAGAUUUGUGCCAUAAUCAACUUGGUUUUAAAUAUCUACUUAUUAUGAUUCUAUGUUUCUUUUCUCACAAAAAAACUUUUUUCUUUACAGGUGGGGUUAGUUAAUCCACCUAAUGGUCUUUUUCUCUCCCUGCAACAUCACCAUACCAUCCCGAUGUUGCGAAAAAUGAAAUGAUUGAAUAGUGAAAUUCAGCUUUGAGAUUUUUUUCUGAGUUUACUCAAAAAGCAUCCAUUUUUUGUCGCCUGUUCCUAAAUCUGCGUUUUCGAUAGCAUUUUCAAUUCAAUCAGCGUUUUUAACAUCAGUUUUUCCUCAAAAAGGAAACAUUUGGUUAACAUAAAAAUUUUUUUUCUGUUUGAACCAAUAUAGGUCAUUCCGCGCCAGCUUGUCACGAUUUCCAGUUUAUUUGGAGCUAGAGUAGCCUUUUCGGCGCUUCGCUUCGAUGCUCUCGGUGUGCCCCCUUGCGUGCGCCUUUAAUAAAACUCAUUAUUUUCGAACUUUGGAAUUUUCCUAUUCUACAAAAACAGAUGUAACAUCAAAUUUUAUAUCAAAAUAACCCAAAAACUAUAUGCAAGAAAAGCUCGAACAGCCGGUUUCAUUAAUAACAAUUAAAAAGUAGUAAUUCAAUCUUUUUGAUUUUCGUUUUUUCUUACAAAUCCAGCACAGAAUCUGAGUGUGUAUAGUCAAAGCGAAAAAUGAAAUCAAUCCAUUGAAAACAACCUCGUAAAUUAAUAGAAGAGUGAGAGGAAAUUGAAGCAAUAUCUUAAUCAGAAAUAAUGUUUUAUUAAAGGCGCACGCAAGGGGGAACACCGGGAGCAUUGAAGCGAAGCGCCGAAAGGGGUUCUGUAGCUAAGAGGAAAGUUAAAAUCGUGACAAGCUGGCGCGGAAUGACCUAUAUCCAUAUUUCAUUGGAAAGUCUCAGAAAACAGUUUUCUGAAAAAAAUAAUCGAGUUAAUAAACUACAUGUACCAACCAACCUUCAAAUUCAGGAAAGAGCUGUGCUUCGUCGUGACCAUGUACGUGGUGGCGGUGACGAUCCUCGUUUUCACGUUUGAAUUUCUUAAACCGUCGCUCCUUGGUAAAUAUCUUUUUGAAACAUCGAAACCGUAG